GGACUGAAAAAAAAAAAAGAGUGAGCAGCAGUGUUCCCCCCAUAGUAUUUUAACAGUUAUUCAAGGCAUGAACCACAACUGUUUUACCAAUGAUUUAUAUGAUGGCUUUGCAUUCUGCAAUCCCACCUUGCAAGGAAGCGCCGGGUCGCUGGGCAGGAGAGCCGUGAGGGAGCCUCUCACCACACAGCCGCCGACAAGAGCCAUGGGAGCCGGCAGCUCCGCAGAGCAGCGGAGUCCCCAGGACGGGGCGACCGUCGCGGGAGAGUCCCAGCCCGGCAGCCCUGAGGGGCAGACGCCAACCGAGGCGGCCGCCGCUCCCACUGCCGCUCUGCCGGAGGAGCCGGAGGAGCCCGGCAAGCUUUUACAGAAAAAUGGGCAGAUAUCCAGCCUUAACGGAAUUGCAGAAGAGCAAGUUGCACUCAGCCUCAAGCCAGAGGAGCUGAAUGGACAGCAGCCAGAAGGCACCGUUACAGAUGUUGGACAAAGAGAAACCGCAACUGCAAUUCUGAAAGACGAGUCUGUUGAAAAUAUGGAGAUCAAGGCAUCAGAAUCAUCUGAUAAGACUAUUGUAGAUGGUGAACAGAAAGACACCCAAGGAGUUGAUAAACUGUCACCAUCAUUAGAAGACAAAGUAGAAGAGCAGGAACAACCUAGUGAAUCGCUAUCAAAUGAUGUUGGAUUUAAAAAAGUUUUUAAGUUAGUUGGGUUCAAAUUUACUGUUAGAAAGGAUAAGACUGAGAAAGUAGAACCUGUGCAGCUGUUGAACAUAAAAGCAGAUGAAGCAGAAGUGGCAUCAAGUGGAGCUGGAGACUGUAAAGAAGUCAAUACAGAGACAGUAGAUGAAGCAACACAAAGUGAGGUACCCCAUCUUGUAGAAAAGACAGAAGAGGAAACUCAGACUGACCAGAAGAAAGAUGAAAGUUUGCCAAAACAGAUAACAGAAAGCCCUCUUGAAGCAGAAAGCAAGCAAGAAGUUAAAACUGAUGUCAGCAAGUCUCCAGAGUCUCCAACAAGCCCAGUAACUACUGAAACAGCAUCACCCUUAAGAAAGUUAUUUGCCCAGGGGUGGGCUGGGUUUAGGAAGAGGACAAGCUUCAGGAAACCGAAAGAAGAACAGCAAGCUAUUGAGAAAGAAAAGCAAGAGCAAGAAAAAGAAGUGAUAACAGAAGAAACUACAGUCGGAGAAGAAUUAGAAAAAGACAAACCUAUACCAGAAAAAGACCAGACAGAAAUUUCCAUGGAAGUGAGUAGUACAAAGGCAGAGAAAGAGAGAGAAGAGGGAGAAGAAACAAAAAUGGUAGAUGUCUCAACAGGAACACAUGAAGAAGAUGUUGUUAUUCCCCAUGAACAGCUAUUGACCAAAGAGUCUGUUGAAUGUGAGAUAAAAGAAUCAGAGAUAAGUUUGAAGGAAGAGAUUCACAUGACUGCAGAAGAAGGAUCAACACAAACAGAAGAGUGUCUGAUGACCCUGGAGCAAGGCACUCUUGCAUCAUCUGAGAAAAAACUUGAACCAACAACUCUGUUGACAGGUGAAGCAUCUGAACAAACAAUAGACCAAUCUGACCUAACUUCUCCAAUGGCAAUAGAAAAGGUAGAAGAACCUUUUGAAAUAGUUGAAGCUGACAAAUCUGAACCAGAAGCUCCUGUUAUGACAGAAAUUAUUGAUGAAAAAUCCACAGAGAUGAGCACUGAUUCUAGUACCACUGAGAAGAGGGAAGAAACACAAACAACCCCAAAAGAAGAACUUGUUCUCGAACAAUUAGUUGAAACAGGGGCUGAGAUUCAGAGUGGGCAGCCUUCUGAUGAACAGCUGACAGUAAAAGAAACCUCACCUGAAGUUGUCAGUGAACAUCUCAAGCAAACUGAACCAAGCACUGUAAAUGAAGCAACAUCUAAACCCCCAGAAGGCAUCACAAAUGAAGUUGAACUUCUUUCAUCUCAAGAACGAGCCAAGAUCCAAGGCAGCCCCUUAAAAAAGCUUUUUACGAGUUCUAGCUUAAAGAAGUUGUCAGGAAAGAAACGUAAAGGAAAAAAGGAAGAAGCUAAAUCAGGGGAAGCAGGAGAACAAAUGCAGCAAUUCUCUGAUUCUGCAGAAAGUCCAGAAGAUCCAAGGGGAGAAAGCUCUGCUUCUUCCCCUGAAGAAGCAACAGAAUCUGUAGAAAAAGCUGAUGCAUCACAAAUCAUGGAAACUGAGGAAGGAUCUACUGUAGAUGUGGAGAAGAAAAGAGAAAGUGUUACACCUUGGGCAUCAUUUAAAAAGAUGGUGACCCCCAAGAAACGUGUCAGGAGGCUUUCUGAAAGUGACAAAGAAGAUGAACUAGAUAAGGCAAAGAAUGCUACUCUGUCUUCAACAGAAAGUGGACCCGGUGAAGAACAGGAAGACAGUAAAGAAAAUGGUGAGGAACAGAAAUUAGAAAAAAGCACAGAAGAGCCCAAGAGAAAGGUUGAUACUUCUGUGUCAUGGGAAGCCUUGAUUUGUGUAGGUUCAUCUAAAAAAAGAUCCAGGAAAUCAUCAUCUUCUGAUGAAGAAGUGGGACAAAGGCUAGCUCAGGAAGGACAAAAGAUAGAUGAAAGAGUGCCAACUAAAGAAGCGGCAACAGAGGUUAACCUAACUAGCUCACAGGAAAGUGAUCAAGGACAAGGAAAUUCAUCACCAGAACAGGUUGGAAGUCCAUCUGAAGGUGAGGGAGUUUCAACGUGGGAGUCCUUUAAAAGAUUAGUGACACCAAGAAGAAAGUCUAAAACAAAGAUGGAAGACAGAAGUGAAGAAACUGCCACAGUUCCUAGCUUAGAACAUUCUACUUCAGAUACCGAUUCUGGGAAAGAAGAGUCCUGGGUUUCAUUUAAAAAAUUAAUGCCUGGUCGCAGGAAGAAAAAGUCAGAUGGAGUGCCAGAACAUGCUCCUGUUCAGGAAACUGGAGAAGAAAUGGCAGAAACCAAUGAGGAAGACUAUGAUGUUCCAGCUGUUGUCCCUCUAUCAGAGUAUGAGGCUGCUGAACAAGAGAAAUUUGAAGCCCAAAUGGUGAAGCAAGAUGAUAUGACUGAGAAGAGUUUAGAUGAGAAAAAGCCAGAGGGUGCUGCAGAUGAACAGUCUAACGAAGGACUAAUCCAUGCAGUUACUGUUACAGUGGUAGAAGGAGAGAGAGCAGUUACUAGUAUUGAAGAAAGGUCACCAUCUUGGAUAUCAGCUGCUGUUACUGAGUCCAUUGAACAUGCAAAUGAAGAUGAAGAGCAUAUUUCUGAAACUGGAAUUGUUGAAGAAACAGUGGUGGACACUAAACUCAUGCCAGAAAUUAAGAAAGAUAUUAGUGGUGACACCAUUGUCAGUGAACUAACCUCAGAAGCCAUUACAGCUCGAGAAGAACCUUCAGUUGUUGAAGAAGGAACGGAGGUGUCCUGUGCUGAAGAGACAACUGAAAUGGUUUCAGCAGUUUCGAGGCUAUCUGAGUCUCCUGAUACAACAGAAAUAGCUACUCCUGUGCAGGAGGCAGAAGAAGGCCAGGAAAACCUAGAAGAAUUAAAUAAACAAACACAAGAGAUUCUGCAAGAGGUUGCUGAAAGAGUUAAAGUGGCAGAUGAAGUAUCAGUGAUUAGUGAAAGUAUGUCAGAAGUGGUAAUUCAGCCAGUAGAAAAACCUGUUGUCAAAGUUCAAGGAGAUGAAUGGUCUGAAAAGCCCUUAAAGGAAGAAGAUGCUGAAAAGGCUGAUAUGCAAACUGAUGGAGGCAUAAAAAGUGGGCAGGGUCAAGUUGAAGUUAAAGAAAGUGAUCUCAAGGAAGUAUUAGAGCAGCGGAAGGAUAUGUGUAUGGAGGUGAAUGGAAGUGCAGAGGUAACAAGUGGCUUGGACAGAAGUGAUGAAGGUGGUCAUCCAAAAAUUGAUCAAGACAUUGUAGAAGAACCUGAAAAAAUUCUUGAGAAACAGAUGAGUGAUGAGAAAUCUGAAGACGAAGAAGAAUUUGUCAUUGUUACAGUAACACCUGAAGAAGAACAAAAAGUAACAAUUGGUGACACAAAUGAAAAGCAACUUGUAUUGUUAAAAGAAAUGGACAGUGGAGACCAUGGUCCUGCUGAUACAGAACAGGCAGUCAAAGUGAAUGUAGAAGGUGCAACAUCAGUUGUGAUUCUAGAAGAUGUUCCAAAAGCAGAUGAAUUGAUGAAAGUGACAUGUGAAGAGAAGCCUCAGUUGUCCCAGAAACAGGAAGAAUUGGUGAGCAUCAUACUUGAUUUGAAACCAGAACCCACAGAACAAAGUACCAUUGAGGUAAAGCUGCUUGUGCAGAAUGAAGUACAAGAUGCCAAAAUUUUAGUAGAGUCUCCACAAAAAGAAGAAUUUGUCCUUGAGGCACCAAUUCUGAGCAAGAUAAUUGAAGUUCCAGUGAAGGAUGAUGAAAUUAAAGUCCAAGACUUGGAUGUGACUGGAGAUACUGUACUUGGUACCAAAACAGAAAGCGCAGAGGAAGUUGCAGUUGAAACCUCUAUACAGAGCAAAGAUGCUGAUGGCUGUGUUGAAAAUUUGGAGAUGGAGACACAGAAAAUGGAACCUGAGAGCUGGCUGCAAAAAUUGGAGACCAAGAUUCCUGUGAAAGAUAUGAAAUCUGAAUCACUCCUAGUAAAAUUAGAGGAACAGAUCCAUGCUGAGAAUAUGGAGAAAGAGGUGCCAAUAAAACUGGGAAUGGGUGUCCAUAAGCAGAAUGUGAAGGCUGAAGAUCACAUUCAGAAGAUGGAAACAAAUGGACAUCAAGAAGAAGUGGAAAGGAAAUCAGAUGUACAGAGUAUGGAAGGGGUCCUGGCAGUGAAGCCGGGAGUAAAGGAUGUGGAGACAAAGACAGAGUGUGUCAUGGAAAAACCAGAUGUUAAGGAGCACAUAAAAGUAGCAGAAGUACACGUCUCUGGUGAAGAGGUACACACAGUAUCGGCUGUAGACAUGGAAGAAGUUAUCAAAACAAAAGCUGGAGUAGAACCAGAAGCUCUCCCAGAAAAAGGGGAAGGGGAACCCCCUGUAAAAGGACUAACUGAAGAGGCAGAUGGGACAGCGGAUGUGGAAGCUGCCACUGAGCAAGCAGGUGCAAAGGUGGAAGCUGAGUCCUCUACUGAGAAGGAGGCCUCAAAGACAGAUGUGGAGGCUUCUACAAAAGAAGCAGAUACAAAGGUAGAAGACAUGAUCCUUGCAGAGACAGCGACCUCAUCAAGUCAGGCAGGUGGAAAGUUGGAAAAGGAUGUCAUUGCAGCAGUUGUGGAUAUGGAGUCCCAUGUGGAAACAGCAGGUGCUGAGGUUGCUGAGAAAAAGAGUGAAAUGGAAGUGCCUCCUGUGAACACAGAUGUGGAACACUCAACAAAGGAGGUAAAAGUGGAAUCCUCAGAAAAAUCAGAAGUUGAAAUCCUUACGAAAAAAGCAGAAGCAGAGGUCCCCAUAGAAAAGGUAGAAGUGAAGCCUUGUGUGGAGGUUAUUGCAGAAGAGGUGGAUGCAGAGGUGGAUGUGAAGGAUCCUGCAAAGAAGAUGGAUGGAAAAGACCCUGCAAAACAGUCAGAAGUACUGGUGGAAGCAGAUGUCGCUGCUGAGCAGCUAGAAAAAGAGAACUUACAGAAAAUGCAGAAGGAAAUUGUAUUUCAGUCCGAUGCAGAAUGUUCUACAACUUGUUUGACAACAUGUGUUGAAACUGUUUCAGCUGAAGCCUCAGUGGAUAUUGAUUCAGAGCAAGAAUCUGUAAGAAAUGCCAUAACUAGAGUUCCUGUGCAGACAGAAUUGCCAGGAGAUGCCGUUUGUUUGGAAUCAAAGGGUUUUGAUACAGCGGUUAUUGAGAUGCUUUCAGAGAGUGAAGGGAAAGAUGGAACUCCUGCCUUAGAAGUAUCGGCAAUCCAAAUUGUAACUGAGGAACCUAAGGAAAGGGGGCUACGUGAACAAUCAACUUCCAAGGAGGACACCGUGGAUCUCACUCAAGCAGUUGUGGGAGAUGCCAGGCUUAUCUUGAAGUCACAAAUCCCAGAAAGAAUCAAAGCUGACACUCCAGAAAGUAAAGAGGAAGUAAGUGUAAAAGAUGUGAUGCUUGUGGAAUCAAAAUCUGCCAAGGAAAGUCUAAUUCAGAAAGAAAUAUCUGUGCCUUGUAUCAAGACUGAGGAAGAAACAUUGACAUCCAUAGGCAGCACUGCUUCUGAAGGCCACAUGCAGCGUGAAAAGGAAGAUGCAUUCAGUUUGGAAUACACUAAGGCAGCUGAGGACACUGUGCAAAGUGGAGCAACUGGCGAUACUACAAAAGAAGAGUUUGGAAAAGUACCUCUAGCAACUGAAUUGGACUCUACAGAACCAGUAAUGCUUGAGGCUGUAGUAGAAGAAAGUAUUCUUCUUUCAGAUUCUGGAUACUUGGACAGUAUGGUCUCAAAUACUAUUUUGGAAAGUAAGAGAGACAGUACCCCCCUGGGUAGUAGUGAAGCUAGCAGAACUGGAAUCACAGUAAAAGCUACUGCAGCUGAGGAGCAGAUCAUUGCUGAAAAUGUCACACUUGCAGAACCAUCAACUGAAACCCUGCAGUCCUUGCCAGAGGAGCAGCAAGAGACAGAAUUCAAAUUGGUACAGCAGGUGAGCUUUACUCAUUCGGAAUAUGGAGCUGUAAGUCCUGCUACUGAUAUAGUGUCUGAGAAAGUUGAUUCAACUGUACAAGAGCCAAUUUCACCAACAGUAAACUCUACCAAGGAUGAUUUGCUCCAGAAAUGUGUACUCCAUUCCAUCCCUGAAACGAAGCACCAAAAACCAGAGACCAGCCAGGAAGCUGAAAAGAAGACAACACCUCCAGAAAGAAGCCCUUCUUUAACACAUAUAGAAUUUCAAAAAGAUGGUGUUCAAUCUGUAACUAUAGAGUCGCAGAGUACAACAAUUGUACUGAAAAUCAUCCAAAAUGCUGUUGACAAAUUAGAGGAAACAGAAGAGCCAGUAUCUUUGCCAAAACAACAGAGUGAAUCACAUUCACCGAGUGUAGAAACAUCUGAAACUCAGACUGAUCUAUGGACUGGUCAGCAACCUGCUGUAAUAGGCAAAGAAGAGAAAAUUCAAGAGAUCCAAGUAUUAAGUAUAACACAGCCUUCAGAGAAACAACAUGCCUUCAAGACAGUAGAAGAAAUGCCUUUACAUUCUGAGAAAUCUGAAGAUGGAAAAAGUGUGGGUUCCAGUAAAAUAAGUGCUGAACCCGAAGCAGUUAAACACAUGUCACAUGUAGAUGAACAGCCAUGUACUGAGACAACAUUAGAGCAACACCCUGGAUUUCUGAAGGAAGUGAUGCAAGAGAUUAUUAAAGAGAAAGGAUUGCAAAAAGAAAAUGGUGACCGAAAGGACACAGCUGUUUCAACAGAGACUCAGAGAGCCACAUUGGAGGGUACUGUCUCAGGGGAUGUGCCCAAAGAGUCACUGGAAUUAGGCCAACCAAAGCUCAAGGACAUAGAAGUGGGGCAGACAGUACAGAUCCAAGAACAGUUCUCAGAGCAACAAACACAUGUGAAGAGGAAAGACCACAGCCCAUUGACAGAAUUUGUAGAGGGAGAUGUAAAUAAUCAAGACUGCACAUCUUGUAAGAGUCCACCGCUAAAGUCAGAGCUUGCUGAAUCCUGAGGUUUAAUUUUUAUUGAAAGAUGUGUCUUGUCUUUGGAGGACCAGUUCUUGAAGAAGACAACAAAAAAGGUUGGAUGCUACCUAACUGAGCUGAAGAUCAAUUAUUUUGAACAGUGAUAACAGACCACUGCUUCCUCAUGUCAUUCUGAGAAAGGCAUCUGACAAUCCUGAGACACCAUCAGGAGCUUGAACCACUUUGUUUUACUUUAGAUUGGUUGUUAACACUUCCUUUUCACAAUAGUCUUCUUUAAAAAUAUAUAUAUUGCUGGUAACAUGAAUUAGAGUGGGUAAGAAGGAAGUGUUACCUGUCACUGAAAUGGCAUCCAUAAAUUAACUGGGGAAAGACGUUGACAUCUUUUAGUCUCCUCCUUUUAUUAGUGCUUCCAAAACUGGAUUCUAAUUCUUUGUGUAUUUAUGUGUAUAUCUUCAAGCAAAGUCUGAUUUUAAUGUAUAUUUCCUCUUCUUUAUAUAUGAAAAACAAACAAAAAAUGAUCUCACUCACCUUGCCCUGUUAUCACAUAAAAAAUAUUGUGAGUAACCUGCAACUGACCACACAUAGCUCCAGAUAUAUUUACAUUGUCUUCCUGCUGGUUAGAAGAAUUGAGACCUAAUGCUAAUGCCACUUUUAGUCUUGCAUCCAUACUCAUGUACCCAUUUAUUAUUUUCCAUCAUGCUUGCUUGAGCCUGGUGAUGUUUAUGGCCAUUUUCUGUCAUAUUCUCUUAAGUUUGGUGCUGUUUUUCUUAUGUGUGUUGGAAAACCUUUCAGUUAGUCAGAUGGAGAGUUAAGUGCAUUUAAGAAUAGCUCAGUGGGUUGGGUCCAUCAUAAGCCUCCAACAAACUAGGGUCUUUCCAUCCACUGGUGACUUCUGAUACAGUGGAAGAACACUUCUGGUAGAAAGGUUGGAAAGAGGGGAAUGCAAUCUCCUCUUGUUCCUCCUUGAAAUUUGUUCUGAACAUAGCAGGGAGCUGCAGAGGAGACCAAUUUAGCCAAAAGCACCUCUUCAUUCUCCUGCCGUUGGCAGUGUUCUAAGCAGAGCACAGCUCUGAGAAACUUAGCAUAAGUAGAAAAGAUAGCUCUAACCCACAGUUCUUAAGUCUGCCUUCUGGCUUUCAAAUUUGAGUACAUCUGAGUUUUGAGUCACUUGAGGGACAUGGGAAAUCUAAAAACCAAGAAAGUACACCACCACUUCAGACUGACUGUUCACUAGUCCUGCAUUAUAAUUCAUUUAAAGAAAUCAUAUCUUAACUUUAGGUGAUGUGCUGAAUUGCUUUAAUUCAUCAAGAAAAUCAUAAAUUAUUCUUAUUGUUUGUUUGUUGGUUAGUUAGUUUUACAUUCAUUAUUUUCCUCUUAAUGGAACUCUUCCAUGUCAUAAAACGAGACAGUCUUUUUAAAAAGGUUUUGUUGAGCAAAAGAUUUUGUCUGCUCUGUAUUUGUGUCCCUGUGUUAGGAAAGUGUGUUUUGCUAUGCAUAAAUAUGUGUACUAAAGUGUGGUUUCUAAAAAAAAUGGUUUUAAUAAAGACCUGACUUACCUUAAGUUUGCGCUUUUAAUUACUAUUAAAGAAAAUAAACUAGGAAGCUUGGAACCAAGUCACUCUUAAUAUUGUUAAUGUAAAACUGCACUUCUUAAUGUAGGUCAGUAUAAAUUGGACAUAAACAUUGGGCAGACUUCAGUGCUAAAUAACAGAAUAAUAAUUAUAAAUGCAUUUAGUAUUUGAUCUAGACACAAAGCAUGUCUAGCAGGUAAAGUUAUAUUGCACGUUGUAGACUCUUCAAACUUAUCUAGCUGAGUCUGUUGCAUGGCCCAACAGUUUCUUUGUGCUACAUGUAAAGUAAUUUAUUUGAAAAUGAACUAAAAUAAGCCAAAGAAAUAGUAUACAGUAUUUGACAUACAAAAACACACACACAAACACACACACACACAAAAGAACUGGUAAAGAAAAAGCUGGUGUGAUUGCACCACCUAGUGGUUGCUCUCUAUGUUUUAUAGGUCUUUCACUAACAUUUAGCUUUUCCUCAAAAUAUGGAAAGAUGUGUUUUUUAAAACCUAUCUUCCAUAUCUCUGGAUAAAUGAUAAUAGGUAACCUGAUCAGUGUAUUGUAACAUGCAGUUAAUUUGUGAAUAUUAAGACUCAAAAUAUGACUUUUUAAAAACCCGUUAAAUAGUCUGAGAAUAGGGUUUAUUUGAACAACAGUAGCAUCAAUUCAUGUUAAGACAAAAAGCUUUUCUUAACUAAUAGAAGAUGAUAAUAAAAGUGAAUGCCCACAUACUUUCUUUCCAUAUAAUUAUAACUUUUCUCUCUGUUUCAGGGAAAAGUUUCACUGAUGUAAGUCCACUAGAAUCGCAUUGCAGGAGGUCAUUAAAUUAUAUUGAUGCAAUCGCUGAAACUUUUUGGUUUUAAUUUACAGGGCAAAAUCUUAGUUGCGUAAGUUUGCGAAGCAUAACCCAGAUUGGGUAAUUUAAGAUAACGAAAAGUUCCCUAUCCCUCUCCUUUUAGGUUUUGAGACUUAUAAGGACUCCUUUUUGUCCUGAUGAAGCCUUUGAGAGCUUCAGAAUGGGGAGAGGAGAGCUUUUAAUAGUAAAAAAAAAUCACUGUCAGCAGGGGAAAAGGAAAGCCUAGUCAGCCUCAGAACAUAAAAGGAGGUGGACAAGAACCUUUUGAUUACUUUAAAUAAAACACUUCCUGUGCCCGUUCUUGGUUAUGCUGUGCAAAAUUACACAUUUUAUCUCUUGUACGGUGAUUCUAGUGAACUUGCAUCAGUGAAGACAGUUUCUGAAAUAGAUAAUUUACAUGCUUGCAGUGCCUGAUCCACGUUACCUCUCACAAAGAGGAGUUUGAACAGGAUUUUGUGCAUAUGAUUCCUAGCCUGCUAGCAUGGAGAAUGGUUUUAAAUUGUUGAUUAAGUUCAGUGUAUUCAGUCCAGAAAUGCUAAACAGCCAAAAGAGAGAAGUCCGGCCUCCUGUCCCUACCAGGUCUAUUAAGAGGGACAGCCACAGGCAGGAAGAGGCCUGAUGUGACCACACAGUGUUCUUUCCAGCCUGCACUUGUUUAGUAGUCGCCCUGCCACCACGGUUGUCUCUUGUUCGCCACUGAUGAGGAUGUGCCACCUCAUUUCCAUUUUUACUGCCUAGCAACAGUGACAGAUAAAGCUCUUCUACUACCUCAUUCAACCCACUGGCUGUAUUAGAAGUAAAAUAAUUCCCAGGGUUGCUAAGCUGGCACCCUUAUUCAAGUAUCUGUAUAUAUUAAUACAACCCCACCCCA